GGAAUCUUCGCAUCCUGAACAUGAUAGUGAAUACCAGAUAAAAGCUCGCAUUGAAAUUAGCACACGUCCAUUCAGCAUCAGCGCUUAAUGAGAAGAGAAUUGACCCGUUGUUAACACAAGUUCUUUGACGGGCAACUUAAGAAGUAUGGAGCCAAAAAACCCAAGGGUUACAGACACCAAUACUUCGGAAAAAACGGAAAACAUCACCCAAGAUUACGAAACGUUUUCGUGCUAUCACUUCAGCGCUAUCGACUUCGAAAUUGCAGACAUCUAUCUUGGUUGGUGCAUACUAAUUUGUGUGUUAAACGCUCUCUUCUCCAUCACUGCUUGCCUCGCCAAUUUAUUGGUUCUUGUCGCCAUUCGAAGGACUCCCUCGCUUCAUUCUCCGUCCAACACACUCCUCUCUGGUCUCGCACUGUCUGACCUUGGAGUCGGUGUGCUUGUUCAUCCUCUGUUUUUCGCGCAAAUCUUUGGCAAAGUGACCAAGAACAAAAACAUUUUCUGCGAAGCUGGAAUCACAGUAGAAGUUACGGCAAACGCUUUAUGCAUCAUUUCUCUUUUGACUGUAAUAGCCGUUAGCUUGGACAGGUAUUUGGCCCUUCGCCUUCACCUUAGAUACAAGGAACUUAUCACAAUCAAACGUGUAAUAUUCGUUUUGGUAAAUAUCUGGAUUAUCGGGGCUUUCUCUGGUACAUUAUGGCUUUAUAAACCCGACAUGGUCAAAGGGAAUGCGAUCAUAAUAAUUUUGGUUUGUUUUUCAGCCGCUACGUUCUGUUAUUUUCAAAUUUAUCGCGUUGUUUCACGGCACUAUCAUCACGAGGUGGCGUUGAAAAGUUUCUUGGAACAGGGAACGACCAGAGAACAGACAAUAAACAUGGCGAGUUUCACAUCUCAUGCGCUUAGUACGUUCUGGGUGUAUUGUUUUAUCAUUGUAUGCUACUUGCCAUAUUUGUGCGUUGUGGCUGCAAUAACUCAGAUUGGAUUAACGCUCGGAAUUCGGUUUGCGUAUGAUAUAACUGCCACACUGGUUUUUAUAAACUCUUCGCUCAACCCUUUGGUUUAUUGUUGGCGUUUGCGAGAUAUCCGUAAGGCAGUGAGAAAAACUGCCAAACUAUUCGUCUGCGCAGACCCAAGAGAAAAUGGCGAUUGAAUAUGAGUGGGGUUAAAAGUCAAACAGUCAUUUAUUAUUUGUCGAUAAUUUAUUCUACUCAGAGAUGCUCGUUAGCACUCGUCUCUAGGCUGUCAAGUUUCAGUUGUAAUUGCGUCAUGGAAUAAAAAUAUGAACUUCCGUUCGUUUUUUUUCCUCAGAUCUGUCAAAUGC